UGACCCUGUUACAGCAUAGUGAGCUUGCUGACACCUAUCCCUUGACAGCAUAUUUUGUGGGAUGCAAGCGCAUGGUGACAUUGAAACGUCACAUUGUUUGUCAGUGCUAGGUAAAAUUACUCAGCACUUGCGUAAUUCAAGGUUUUUGGUUUAUCUCUUUUUUUUUCUCCCUAUUCUCUCUCAUGCAGAUGAAUUCAGUUGUUUUGAAAGUUAUUAUAGAACACAGAAGUGAGAAGCUUAUACUGUCAUCUGGAAUACCAAGUACUGUUGAGCAAUUACAUGAAACUGUGAAAGGGACAUUUGGACUCAUUGAGGAUUUUGUCCUGCAUUACUUGGAUGAGGACUUUGGUGAUUACUUCACUCUCCAUUCUACUAGCCAGAUUAAACACAAGGGGACAAUUAAAGUUGUGGUAAUUCCAUCAGUAGUGCUUGCACUCACUGGUUUGACUGAAAACCAGAGUGAUGUUAGUGAUCUAAAUAACAUUACAAACUCUGUUACUGAUGCAAGGGGAGAAUGCCAGAUGGAUAAUACAUCAGUGUCUACACAAGACACUAUUCUGCUAUACCCUUGUGAAAGCACCCAUAGAACAUUAUGGCCAGAUGAAAUCUUCAUUCCUCUUUUCUCUGGGGCAACCGAGGCAAUUCUGAGGAACGCCAAUGAAGAAUUUCUCCGAAAUGGUGCUUUGCUGAACCAUACUCGGGUAAAGUCUGAAAUAAUGGAAAAAUUAGCAGACUAUAUGUACAGCUACACAGCCUACCCCACAGGCCUUCAGAUUGGUCAGGUAGCAGAGGCUUUAGUAAAAAAGCACCCAUGUCUGACAGAACCAGCCAGUCGUAAUGGAUGGAUAGGAUGGAUGUAUAGUCUCAAGUACAAGAUGGGAAAUUACAGAUCAAAGCUCAGAAGUUUUGGAUUCCCUGAGGUUACCUGCAACUCACUUAAGAACAAGCACCCUGAUGAUCAGUCUCCUGCAAAAAAUAUAAAGAAAGCAAGGAAAGGAGAGGUGCUGUUUCUUCCACACUAUCCAGUAGGAGACAACAAGGAACAGCAAGAGCUGGACCGAUGUCAAUUAAUUGCCGAAUCAAAGAAGAAAGACAGCACAGCCAUCAAGGACUUGAUGUGUAGAACAUUCGCACAUAGAAGACAUGAUGUCGUUACCCUACAGAUGAGCAUCAAAGACCUCAAGAACAGAUGGCCUGCCUUGUUUAAUGUCUCGCAAGUCAGUGCAGAGUUUCAGAGAAUCACCACACUGACUCUCGAGCCAAAGUUCUUUUCAAUGUUGGAUCGCUAUUCUCCUAAAUUGCUGUCCCUGUUCUAGGGCUGGACCCGAAUAUUCGGGUAUUCGGAUAUUCGUUCGUUGAGUAGGUAUUCGGUUUUUAAUUUUGGUAUUCGGAUAUUCGUUUUUUUUCUCCUUUCCAGAGUUCCACCUCACUCUAACCACUUCUGUUCUCGCGGGUCCCGUCAGAAUAUCUUGCGCGCGGGACAGAACUGAACUGUUAUUGGCUGGAGCAGGAGUUUAAUCCAGACGAUGCGGGAGCAAAUUAAUAAGAAAACUGUAAUAAUUGUAAAAAAAUUAAAAUUAAAAAAACCUAAAGAAAACUCUCAACGCGCAGGAUGGACCGACACACACACGCACACACCGAUGGUGUUUGGACUGGGGUAAGGAACGGGACCGCACUAUUCAGCGCUGCUGUUUUAAUAAAUAUAUAAGUAAAUUUGAAGCAUUAAAUGUAGUUUAUUUAAUUUAUAUUAGGAACGUGGGGCGGGAGCGGCAGAAAUGUGUAUGUGGCGGGCGGGC